AUGCGGUCUCCAGAAAGGCAGAUCUUUCCGUGUCAGCCAUUUGUACCCACAGGUUACCUGAACAGUGCCAAGCUCUGCGUAAGAAUAAACACAGGACAGGAAAAAAUGCAAACAGGUCGGGGUGGAACUAAAAUAAGAGAACUUGAGGAUUCUUCGGGUUCCAGGAUAAAGGUUAUAAAGGGAACCUCUGAAGCUGAAGUAAAGAUUUUUGGCAGCAUUGCAGUGCAAAACAAAGCCAAGAUGUUGAUUGACGAUGCUGUUACAAGAUCUGAACAAAACUGCAUUAAAAGAAAAACCUUGGACAAUAUCAAGCCUGGAAAUAACCCAACGAAAUCAGUGAUUAACUGGGCCGCUCUUCGAGAAAACAAAGCUAAAUAUGAAGCUAUGAAAUGGGCAGACUUGCCUCCAAUUGAGAAAAACUUCUAUAAAGAAUCGUCAAGGACUGCGUCUAUGUCACAAGAAGAAGUGGAACUGUGGCGGAAAGAAAAUAAUAAUAUAAUUUGUGAUGACUUAAAAGAAGGUGAAAAGCGCUGCAUUCCCAAUCCUGUUUGUAAAUUUGAAGAUGUAUUUGAGCAUUAUCCUGAUAUUAUGGCUAAUAUAAGAAAAGUUGGUUUUCAGAAGCCUACACCAAUUCAGUCCCAGGCAUGGCCAAUCAUACUCCAAGGAAUUGAUCUUAUUGGUAUAGCACAGACUGGUACUGGGAAGACAUUAGCAUACGUAAUGCCUGGAUUCAUUCACUUGACUUCACAACCAAUAUCCAAAGAUGAGCGUGGGGGGCCAGGAAUGUUAGUCCUUGCUCCCACUCGAGAAUUGGCACUUCAAGUAGAGGCAGAGUGUUUGAAGUACACAUACAAAGGAAUUAAAAGUAUUUGCAUAUAUGGUGGUGGGGACCGAAAAGGGCAGAUAAACGUGGUUACCAAAGGUGUGGAUAUUGUUAUUGCUACUCCUGGCAGACUGCAUGAUCUUCAAAUGAACAACUUCAUAAAUUUGAAGAGCAUAACAUACUUGGUUUUAGAUGAGGCUGACAGAAUGUUGGAUAUGGGAUUUGAACCCCAGAUAAUGAAGAUCCUAAUAGAUGUGCGGCCUGACAGACAAACUGUUAUGACAAGUGCUACUUGGCCUGCUGGUGUUCGUCGCCUAGCAAAAUCCUAUUUGAAAAAUCCUAUGAUUGUAUAUGUUGGCACUCUUGACUUAGCAGCAGUAAAUACAGUAGAACAGAGAGUUAUUGUUAUCGCCGAGGAGGAAAAGAGAGCUUUCAUGCAAUCCUUCAUUGACUCUAUGAAGCCAAAAGAUAAGGUCAUCAUUUUUGUGGGAAAAAAACUUACAGCUGAUGACUUAGCAAGCGACUUUGGUCUCCUAGGAAUUCCAGUACAGUCACUUCAUGGUAACAGGGAACAGCGUGAUCGAGAACAGGCUUUAGAUGACUUCAAGAAUGGCAAAGUCAGAAUACUGGUAGCUACUGACCUAGCGUCCCGUGGCCUUGAUGUGCAUGAUAUUACUCAUGUUUUUAACUUUGACUUCCCUCGCAACAUUGAAGAAUAUGUUCAUAGAGUAGGUCGUACUGGAAGAGCAGGACGUACUGGGGAGGCAGUAACGCUUGUCACUAAGAAUGAUUGGAGGGUCGCAUCUGAGCUGAUUGAAAUUCUGGAAAGAGCAAAUCAAGUAGUUCCUGACGAGCUUAUUGCAAUGGCAGAAAGAUAUAAACAAUUUCAAAUCAGAAAAGGAAUUGAAAGGGAUAUAGGAAAGCCUCAGAGAAAGCCUUCAAAAUAA